UCAACACGGCGGCGGCGGCGGCGGCGGCUUCUUCCCGAAGUCCGGGCGUUUGGCGGAGUGGCACACCGCCGGAGCACUCUCCCGCCAGUCGGUGUUGUGGGGCGACUGCGACCAUGGCGGAGUCGGCGCCUGCUCGGCACAGGAGGAAACGGCGUUCCACACCGUUAGCUCCCGCCACACAACCUUCACAAACAACAGAGAAAAGCCCAUAUUUUCAGACCACAGAAAUCUCACUUUGGACAGUGGUUGCCGCUAUUCAGGCUGUGGAGAAGAAGAUGGAAUCCCAGGCUGCCCGACUACAGAGUCUUGAGGGACGAGCAGGGACAGCUGAGAAGAAGCUGGCUGACUUUGAGAAGACAGCUGUAGAGUUCAGCAACCAGCUGGAGGGCAAGUGGGCCAUGCUGGGGACCCUGCUGCAGGAGUACGGGCUGCUGCAGCGGCGGCUGGAGAACGUGGAGAACCUGCUGCGCAACAGGAACUUCUGGGUCCUGCGGCUUCCCCCAGGCAGCAAAGGGGAGACCCCCAAGGUGUCCGAAUCCCUUGAAAAUGAUGAGGUCUGUUUCUCGGAACAGGAGUGGGAGAACCUGGAGGACUGGCAGAAGGAGCUCUACAGGAAUGUUAUGGAGAGCAACUAUGAGACUCUGGUCUCUCUGAAGGUCCUUGGCCAGCCAGAAGAAGAAGUGGAAUUGGGUGCAGAGAUGGUGGGUGACUUGGUAGAAGAAGGUACCCACCUGGCAGAUAGGGCCAUGGUUAAACAGGAGGUGCUGUACAAGCAGGAGGACCCUGCAGGUCUGCCCAGCAUGUUUUCCAGUGCUGCUGAACAGCAGGCUUUCUUUGGCGUGGAGCAGGCUGUGUUCUGGAAUAAUCCAGGAGAUUCUGCCCUCUUGGAUUCAGGCCCUGGGGACUCUAACACAGAGUCUGUUGAAGGCAGUAGAAACCCUGCCCCUGGUAGAAAAUUGGACUGCCCCCGAAAACAGAAGUCUCAGAGGCAGGUACAAUUGGGUCAGGAGUGUGGACAGGGCCUGAAGGUGAAAAGGGAUAGCAGCCCAUACAAGUGUUCUGAAUGCCAGAUCAGCUUCCGCUACAAGCAGCAGCUGACUGCACAUAUGCAGAGCCACGUGGGCAGAGAGUCUUACUCGGCCACAGAACCAGAGGAGAGCCUCAGGCCCAGGCCACGACUGAAACCACAAGCCAAAAAGUCGAAGCUGCAUCAGUGUGAUGUGUGCCACAGGAGCUUCAGCUGCAAGGUCAGCCUGGCGACCCACCAGCGCUGCCACCAGCAGGAGGGCCCCAGCACCAGCCCUCAUAUCCAGGAGAGGUUCUCACCAAACAGCUUAGUCGCUCUGCCUGGCCACAUCCCAUGGAGGAAAAGUCGGAGUUCUCUCAUCUGUGGGUACUGUGGCAAGAGUUUCAGCCACCCGUCUGACCUAGUGCGGCACCAGCGCAUCCACACUGGCGAGCGUCCCUACAGCUGCCCCGAGUGUGAGAAGAGCUUUGUCCAGAAGCAGCACCUCCUGCAGCACCAGAAAAUUCACCAGCGGGAGAGGGGUGGGCUGGCUCCAGAGCAUGGAAGGCCCAAUGGCCUGCUUUAAGGUUGCCAGCCCCUCACCGUCCGGGGGUGGAGGGGGGUGGCGUGAGUCCCCCGCAGAGACACUACAAAGUUAGGCUGACUUCUUCCUGAGGAAAAUUGUUUCUUCUUUGCCCCCCCCACCCCCCUUGGCUAAGCACAAAAGCUAGUCUGAGACACAGGAGAGAUCUGUGCCCCAGCCUCUGCCAUCUUGGCCCUGCUACUGGGUUUACUGUUUCUUUAGCUCUUCAGGUCCUUGUUUUUCUCCUUUCUGGUGCACUGUCACACUGCAGGGACUGGGGGCCAGUUCCAGGGCCCACCCUAGCAUUUCACACGUCUUCCCACAGUUGAAUGAAUGGGGCCACAGAGUUAUGUGGAGAGUUCCGGGAAGUAUUGUCCUCUACUUCCCUUUCUUUUUUAGCCUCCUUGUUAAAAACUAGUAUAAAUAAUUUAAAUGAACUGCUUAGGUUGUUCUAAAGACCUCUUUUUGGAGUUAGAUUCUUGUUGAUUUUUUUAAAAUAUAGCUCAAAACUUGUUUUAUAAAUUUCAAGAGUUGUAGACAUUGUUCCUAACAUGGGAACUGAGCCUACCCUCCAGGAGGGAAUAGUUUAUGGGCUCUUUUAGCCCACCCACAUUUAACAUAGUCCAGAGGGCCAAGACACACUGCUGGGUUCCCUCGGUGGGUUUCAGAGUGCACUCAGAUGGGGCUAGUUUUCUCAGGUGGGCCAAGUAGAAGUCCCUGAAGCCCCUUCUGGGAGUAAAGACUUCUUUGAGGAAGCUGAGAGUUCAGUUCUGGGAGUUUGGUGUCUCAUACUCUACUCUUUUUUGCCCCUGGCUUUGCUGUGUUUCUGCAGUUCUGGGGUCAGGGAGUAGAAGGCAGCGCUUGAUUCCUACACCAGGUGUCUCUUGAGGAUCAAAUUAGACCCUCCAAUGACUUUCCCAGAGAUGAAGGAGAAAAAGCACAGAUGCUUGUCUCAGGAGUGUUGAGUACCUGCCCCACUGUCAUUUGGGGA